GACGAGUCGGAAGACAAGUGGGUCACUUGGUGCCAUGUCUGCAAGACGUUCCAGCAAGAAAUGAUGAAUUUAAUUUAGAAUUAACGGGAGCAGGAAUAGGGUCAUGCGACGUCUGGUAUGUUUGGAUUUACUGGUGGCUGGAGCGCUUCUGACCAUCGUGACAGCACAAUGUCCCUGGCAAAGAGAAUCGUUAGAACUUCAAUCUUCCUGUUUGUGCUCCUACAAUUUGGCGCGCGAACUUUCGGUGCAGUGCGAUAUGGUGGAAUGGCAAACACUUUUAGUGGCCCUAAACCAGUACGCUACAGAGACACCCUUAGACUUAUUGUAUGUAAAUAAUUCAACAGUAGGUGCAUUAACAGACUCAAUUUUUGCUAAAUUAAAAGUGCAUAAUAUACAAUUAUCCGGGUGCAAAAUAAAAACAGUGUCUAAAGAUGCGUUUAAGGGACAAGAACACCACUUAAAAAACCUAAACUUGCAGGACAACGAUUUAAGUGAAGUUCCACUGGAAAGUCUAAGGAUAACAAAAUCGUUAAUGCUGCUAGAUUUAUCUCACAAUCGAAUCAGUGAGAUUCCCGAUGGUGCGUUUGAAACGUUGACGAAGUUGACAACGUUAAAGUUGUCAGACAACAAUAUCACUAUCAGCCAUGGUGCUUUACGAGGUCUGGAUGGGUCUCUGAAAAAUUUGAAUCUUAAAGGCACUCGGCAAAAAGAAAUCCCCAUAGCCGUAAGGGGAUUGCGAACGUUAGCAUUUUUAGACUUGUCACAAAAUAGCAUAAGAGAACUGCCAGGGCCGGACGGCGCGAGUACUUUUGACGAACUGAAUUCACUGACAGCCUUAAAUUUAGAACGUAAUCUCAUACAAAGCUUGGAAAAUGACACCUUUGCCGGUAUACGAACUACGCUUAGUUCGCUAAGCUUGCUCAACAAUCUACUGCCCGACUUCCCUACCGGAGCAAUCAAAACGCUCAAGGAACUACGCGUUUUGGACAUAGGAUUUAAUCUCCUAACGGAACUGCCCGAAAACGCAUUUCUGGGCAAUCCCUCCCUGACGCUGCUAGCGUUGGAUGGUAACCCGCUCUCGACAAUACCCCACGCGGCACUGGCACAUCUAAACACCUCACUGCGCGGUCUAAGCCUCGGUGGAAGAUUCCUUCACUGCGACUGCCGAUUAAGUUGGGUGGUCGAAUGGAUACGAAAAGGCGAUCUUCAAGUGACAAGCAGAGAAAGAAAUCCGCAAUUUUGCGGAAGUCCGGUGAAAUUUAGAGAUCGAGGGUUUUACACCAUCCAGCCCGAAGAGCUGGCGUGCAAUGCCAGCGAUCCAAUUGGUGUGGCCACCGUUGUCAACGCAGAUUUGGACGACGCAGCGAGUAACGCGUCGGAUCCUCCAAAGUCGCAAACCAGCACAACAACCACGACUACCACCGCGAAAAGUACUACGACCAGCACUUCUGCGCCCGAGUCCUCCACCAGCACGAGCACAAGAAGUUCAACGGCAGUUUCAAGCACAACGUCCAAAGUGACUCUGAAGACCUCACGAACGACGUCAUCUUGGAGGCAAAAUGGUAACAGCCGACCGCCAAUAAUUAUGAGCUACCCUGCCAAGAAUAAAGCUGACGAUUCUUCUGAAGUAAUUGUGAAGAACGCAUACAGGCAAGAUAACUCCGUGAUUAUUCAGUGGGAUUCCGACACCGCCAACAUUUUGGGCUUUCGAGUUGUGUACCGACUGUUUGGUGACAAGGCGUUUAAGCAAGGUCCACCUUUAGAAGCCAGCGAGAGAGAGUUCAAGAUCAAAAAUGUACCCUCACAGGAAUGCAUAGUCGUCUGCGUGGUGUCCUUGGAAGAAAUCACAGUAACACCAGACACAGUUCCUUACGCCCAAUGUCGGGAGGUUCGCACCGUGACGACGAACUCUUCCAACAUGGACAAAAUCACAAUAGCUGCCAGCGCAGCGAUUUGUGGUACCAUAGUCGUUGCGGUCAUUAUCUUCGUCGCCGCCUCUAGACGACGAUCUCGAAAAAUGCACGAGCUCCACCAACAGAAAUUGGAUGUGAAGCAUGGCCUCCCGAUCGCCGGUCUACCGGUCAAUUGCUGUGCGGGUCUCGGGCCCGCUCCCAGUCCAGGAGGACCACUUUCGUCCUUGGCCACGCUGAACGCCUACAACAACACAAAGGAUUGGGAUCAAAUUUCCACGUAUAGCACUCACAGUACAAGAAGGCCAGUUAUAUACCCAAUUGAACAACCGUCGUCUCUACAAGAUGACAUGCGAUCCCACUUCAGUUCCAAGGGAAAUAAAGCGCGCUCGUUAGCCGACGGCCAAUCGCAGCACAGCUUCUCAAACCACUCGGGAAGGUACCUAACCUCGAGCGCGUUCCCGACGAAUCUCCUCACGGGAAGGCAAGACUUGAGACAUUCACGCCAAUCAUUAGCAUUGCAAUCGGAUCGCAUGUCACGUGCAUCACAUCCAUUAUCUCACGCACCGACCCAUUCAGUAUCAUCAUCAACGAGACGAAAUAGACCAAGAUCGCGUUCGCGCGACCACCACAGACCCAGUAGCCGAUAUAGCGUCGCCGAUUCGACUCACACGCUUAAUAAUUACUGUGACAACUCAGAUAACUGGACUGAUCACGAUAUGGACAUAUACAUGGCCCGUAACCCCACGACUAGAGGUGGAUUGGUACCUCUUUAACUCACAAUUAAAACUAUGUCAUUGAGCUGGUCAUUAAUUUAUGAACAAAUCAACUUGUAAUCCAAGCUAGUUAAUAACGAUUCUUUAUUUAUCAGGUGUACUGCCACACAUUCAGGAGGCUUAUGCGCGCGAUCACCACAGUAGGCUAAAUUUUGGUUGAAGUGGUACCUACACAGGGGACAAGCAAGCGUUAAGUCGCUUUCCGCCAAAGCUUUGCAGAUAAGUACGUAAGGUAGCACUUCGACAUGUGACAAUUGUGAAUAGUAUUAUUGACAAUACUUUCUAAUGUUAAGGUUUUAUACUAUGUAGAAAUAAAUGACAAAUACUUUA